AUGAAGAGGAAUCACAAAUCAUUCUUAAUUUUCCUCAUUACAGUAAUUGCCAUUGUCACCCACACUUUGUUAAAUUCCUCUUUGAAUAAAAGAUACUUCAACUUACCUGAGUUUAGAAAAAAGUUGCAAAAUUAUGCUGGCCAGCUGAAAUGGGUGAUAUCUGACCAGGUCUCCCCUGCAACCACAAUGAUUGUGAAAGGCCCACGCCCAACCACAGAACCCGGAAUUAUUUUUUUACAGACUUCCAGUGAACUAAAUCCUAAACCAUUGGUCAUGUGCAGCAUCGAAUCAGCAGCAAGACUAAACCCAAACAAACCUAUUUAUUUCUUUAUGAAAGCAUUCACUGGGAAUGUAUCUGCGUUUCGGGAACCUGAGUACAAAGCCAUCCCUCUGCUUUCUUCAUUCAAGAAUGUCAUCAUCUUGCCCUUGAAUUUUAAAGAAUUGUUCAACAACACACCCUUGGCUGGAUGGUAUGAGAAGGUAGAUCCCAGCAAGGAAGUAUACUGGAUUCAUGUGCUCUCUGAUGCUUGUCGGAUGACGUCUCUGUGGAAAUAUGGAGGCAUCUAUCUGGACACAGAUAUCAUUUCAAUCAAACCCUUGGAGUUCGGAAACUUCAUUGUUGCAGAAUCUGAAAUCCACUCGAGUAGUGCAGUUUUGGGAUGUAACCGUUCUCAUCCCUUUUUGGAGAACUGCCUGACUGAUUUUGUUGAGAAAUAUAAUGGAGCAGAUUGGGGCCAACAGGGUCCGAAACUGAUAACCAGAAAUUUGAAGAAAUGGUGUGGGACUGAUAAUCUCAAUCAAUUUCUCAACAAAGAAUGCAAAGGGAUUGAGUACGUGCCCAAAUAUUUGUUCUACCCAAUCUCACACACAGUUUGGAAACAUUAUUUUGAGAAAAACAGAUGGAACAAUAAUAAUGAUGCUAUCGAAAAGGAAUUCUCAAAGUCAAAUGCAGUCCAUAUCUGGAAUUUUCUGAGUGGUCAUCAGAAAUAUGAUAUUAAAGGAAGCCAAUCAUUAAUAGAAUAUUUUUACCAGAAAUAUUGUCCAAGCACAUAUGAAACUCUGUCAAAUUAA